AUGGCGAAUAAUAGAGAACAGGGUAACGAGGGUGACCGGAGUUACCUGGGCAAAGCGAGAAACUAUCAUUCGUUGUCAAUGCCGAUGAUGUUUUCGGGAUUGGAUAGGGAGAGGGAGAUGUCAGCCAUGAUCUAUGCUUUGACUCAAGUUGUCACCGGAGAGGAACAUGAUCAUGAUCAUGAUCACGAUCACUCGCUUCUUCAUCAAAACAUUGAUAAAAGUGCAAUUGGAGGUGGUGGUGGCGAUGGUUUUACCAUAACAUCAAACGUGGAUUCUGGUCCCAUCGCACCAUCUUCUGCAUGUUCAUCUUAUUGUGGAAACUCUGUUCCAAAGAGAAGGAGGGAAGGUGACGAUACAAGUGAUCUCCCACGUGGAACUUCUUUCCCUGCUAUUUCAACAUAUGGAGUUGGCGAAAGUUCAAGCAGGAUGAGGAAGGAAAGGAGAGAAAUGGAGAAUAAGGUAUACGAUUACGAGUACAGGGCAGAGAAGGUGGGAAUGGAAGAGGAACCAAAAAGGAAAUACAGAGGAGUGAGGCAGAGGCCAUGGGGGAAAUGGGCUGCGGAAAUAAGGGACCCAUUCAAGGCUACCAGAGUGUGGUUAGGAACAUUCGAGACCGCUGAAGAUGCAGCCAGAGCCUACGAUGAAGCUUCCUUACGUUUCAGAGGCAACAAAGCCAAACUCAACUUCCCCGAAAAUGUCAGGCUCAGACACCAAUCACCGGAACCACCACCAGCCGCACCCCUUUUCUCCAUUCCGUCUACAACUGAACCCAUUGUUCACACUCAACCUCAGGGUUCACAUGAUUCCGGCAACUUUUAUGAAUAUUGUUAUUCGCAUGUACAUGAGUUUCCCGUGAGCCUCUAUGACCAGGUUGCCGUCUCAUCAUCAUUCUCUGUGGCGGCUUCUCAUCUUCAAUCUUCACCUUCAUAUUCUUCUUCCUCAACUAUCUCUUCUUCCCAACCAUCUCUACUUUCCCCUCAUGCUACGCAUCUAUCCCCAUGGUCUUCUGCGCCUGAUUACACUAAGACCUCCCAUCCUUCCUCCUCCUAGCUAUAUACUCUUUAUUCAUUUGUUCAGGACGUUAAUUACGAACAAAUUCACUUGUCACUAUUUUUGUGGGAUAUCCCUUUCCAACAAAAUUUUAUUUAACACGAGUAUUAAAUUUUAGAACUUAUUUUAAAUAAAUUUGAAGUGAGUUGUUUGAAAUUGUCCAUGUAAAAAGUCCACGGCAUAAUAAACGUCUUUUGCAUGCGUUCUAAA